AUGGCUACAAUUGAACUUGUACCAGACAAUAUUGCGGAGUUGUGGAUGGGAUGGCAACAUGGGAUGGGAUGGAGUCGCGGAUCACGAUGCGGGGGAAGCUGGCGCUGGUUUGAAAAAGCUGGGGAAGGGAUACUAGAGUUGUGGAAGUUGAAGAUGGGCACAUGGGCGGUUUGA